AUGUCAGAAAAACACAUUGUGCUGCUCACAGGCGGAAACACGGGAAUUGGCUACGAGACCGUGAAGGCACUAUACGCCUCACCUGAAACCUACACUAUACUGAUGGGCAGCCGCACCCUCUCGAAAGCGCAAGCCGCCAUCGAGACGCUCAGGAGCGAGAUGCCAGGCUCCAAGUCAGACAUUGUACCGAUCCAGCUGGACAUUGAGGACGACCAGUCCAUCCUCGACGCAUACGAGGAGGUGAAAUCUUCAUACAGUAAAAUCGACACCCUGAUCAACAACGCCGGUGCGCUCCCCAACCCUCACCCCACACUAUCCCCCCACACCACCCACCCGCCAACAAACCACCCAACUAACCUCCCCCAGGCAGCUCCUUCGACAGCAUAUUGCACCACGACCCACGCCAUCCAGCAUCCGCAGCGCCUGGAACAAAUCCUACUCGGUAAAAGUAACCAGCACCCAAGUGCCAACGACGACCUUGGCGCCGCUCCUGAUCGCCUCCGAGACAGUCCCACGACUCCUCUUCGUGACCUCGGGCCUCUCCUCGCUCGCAACAGCCGCGCAUGGGAAGAUAUCUGCUACGAUUCUCCGCGAGCCUAG